AUGUCUUCCUUUUCAUUCCCCCGUCCGACGAUUAAGCAAGAGCAUCUUGAAGAGUUAUACUCCUCGUUCGGUGUCGAUUGCGGAGCAUACCUCAGUUUCUUCGAGUCUUGCGGGCUUUCUUUCCCAUUUCCGAGGCAAGUGCUAGAGAUUCUUGCCGAGCUUGAGAUCUCUCUCACGCAGCUAUGCCCGAAUCUUCUCAGCCAUCUCCUAGCGAUCCUCGUCAGAGCCAGGGAGGAGAAACUCUUGUUUGAGCUCGAGGAGUUGCAUAGUCUAUAUCUCAUAAAGCGUAACCAGAGAAAUCCUGGGACUUUCUUGGCGUCUCCUCGUCCUGGCCUCCUCGUGAUUGGGACUCCUGGGCGAAAUCCUGGGCGAGAGCAAUUCUUUGUCUUCAAAGUUGACUCGUCCACAGUAGGAGACUUUGAUUUUUCCCUGCUCCCUCGUCGCUGGGCCAAGAAUAUCACUCAUCCGAAGGUUUCUCCGAUGUCGGAUCAACUCCGAGGAAUUUCUCCUGCGAUCUCGGGGUCGAUCGGGUUGCUCGAGGAAGCUCACUCUUCUGAUCAUGAAGAGCCUACUUCUGCGGAGGAGGUCAUUGCUCCUCCUAACACGAGCCGUUCUGAGAGGUGCUCGUUACGGAGAUCGUUCAGGAUCUUGGCGUCUGCUUCGAAGAAACCGCCGGUGGAUCCUACCCCGUUGUCUUUGAGUUCUGAUUCGAAGGAGGAUAUACCGGCUCGCGAGCUCGGGUCUGUCAAAGCUUCGCGAAGUGUUUCUCCGAAACCGUCGCGACCUUCUUCCAAGACGUCGAAAAGACGGAGAGUAGGGAGGAGCGACCAUUCCCCUAUACGCGAGAGCAGUGCUGGUCCUAAACACUUGGGUGAAGGGACUAGCUCUCAAAACUUCGGGGCGACGUUCUUUUCUUCCUUGGAGGAGGAAAACGCUUAUAAUAAGGUCGCCAAGGCGAAUGCCAAGGUCAUGGAAGCUUGUAACGACCUUGUCCUGAAGAUGGCGGAGCGCACGGGGGCAGAUGUGGAAAUUGAUCGGAUCUCUCUUGACUUCAAGAGGAUCUCUGCUGAACUUGAGGCUGCUAAGCGGGAGAACAAGGAGGAGGUUGAGAAGAUCAACUCCAUGAUGACGGAGUGGGUGAAGGUUUGCGAUGAGAAGUCAGUUCUAGAAAUUGAAGUCGCUGCUCAACAAGCUAAGAUUGCUAGGCUCGAAGCUGAGAAGGAUCGACACGUUCAUCGCGCUUCCAACUCCGCGCGUCGUGAGAUGUCGCAGCAGUACGCGGUCAUUUUGAAGUCUUUGGAAGACAAGUGGUCCGACAAGAAAAAGAGAUGGCGGCUAGGAUUCAGCUUCAGGAGGUGGUCGCGAACAUCGACCUUCUGA